GUUGUGUAUUAAAUAUUUAUGUUAUAUUUCAGUGCAGACACAACCAUUAAAGUGUGGAAUGUGCAUGGAGGCAAAGAAGUUUCUAGUUUUGCGGGACAUAGUGAUGUUGUGACAUCUAUAGUUUUGCUAAAUGCUCGUCAUUCUCAAAAGUUAAGUACCCUGCUGAAAUGGGGUCAAGUCUCGAGAAUUGUAGUUAGUGCUUCGUUGGACUGUCAUAUUAAGUUAUGGUCAUUGUUAAACGGUAAAGAACUUCUGUCCAUGUAUACAUAUAAUGGCAUAACUUUUAUGGAUUAUUUUCCUUGUGAAUUAGGCAUGAUUAUUGGCACAGAUGGUGGGAAAUUAGAGUUAUGGGAUAUUGUAUCUGCAAAAGUAAUUAGUUCUGUUUGUGCACACGAAGCAUCUGUGUCAGGAAUAAAAGUUGAGGAGCCCUACAUACAUACUUGUUCUGGUGAUGGUACUGUUAGAGUCUGGCUAUUUGACGAAAAAGAAAUUCAGCCACUUUAUAUCAGAAGACGCAAAGAGCCUUCUUCAGAUGAAAGAUUCAAACCUUCGCAGUGGAAAACCUUAGAUAUCAGUGGUGACACAAUUUAUCUCGGAGAUAAUUCAAAUACUUUAAAGGUGUUGGAUUGGAGAAUGGGACAUAUGCAAAUGUACCUUAAUCAAGUGGAAUUUGAUGGUAUUUGUGAAGCUGUAAUAGUUAAAGAGAAUGUUUUAUUUAGUACAUUUUUUGAUUCAUCUUCAGAUAUGGGAGGAAUCAAUGUUUGGAAGCUUCCAGAAUUCUUAUAUAUAUGUACAUUGACUGGUGAUGUUCAAGAUAUCUAUAGUUUGGCAGUAACACAAUCCAAGGAUAAAUUAAGGAUUGUCAGUGGUGGCCAACAGCUUCUUGUUUGGGAUAUCGAUUUUACAAAACCUUCUAAGAAAAAUCAAGAAACAUUUUAUGUAACUGAAACUGAUCCUCUUGGUAUUCGACUUAAUGAGAAUGCAACAGAUGCAUCACGACAAGCUGAAGUUACCAGACGUAGACUUGCAGCGGCUGAUCCCAAUGAUGUUAACAAGAAGUCAUGGUGCAAUAUUUUUUAAAUUCAGUUCUUUUAGAUUAGCAGACUCAAAAACUUUGAAUGCAAUGUUAUGAAACCACAACGUUGAAACAAACCAUUAUGGUAUUGUGAGUCAGUGAUAUGUUUUCUCUGAAUUGGAUUAGGGUUGUUUUUAUCUUUUACUUGUUUUUCUAUUAAAGAUCUUGUUAUCUAUAGAUUUCUCUUUAUAAUGCUUAGUCUUCACUAGUUAAACUGAAAAUUUUGAAAAUCACAUGAAGUGUGCAUUGUAAUGUAUUGAUAAAAGUUGAGAUUGUUUACUGCAGAUGUAUAGAAAAUAAAUAUGAAUACUGAUACUACAAGCAGUAAACAAACUUAAUUUUUCACAAAGUGCAACUUGUUUUCAAGAAGUAAAUUAAAAUAUUAUUAAACAGAUAUUUUAACCGUGGAACAGACAGGUAGCUAAUAGUGGUAAUAUUUAAGUCUCUGUUCAAGAAACAAACUGAAAAUAUCAUAAUUCUAAAAGAGCAAAGAUUUUUAUUCAAAUAACUAUCCCAGUAAAGGCUAUAUGAGCAAUAAAUCAUUCAUUCAGUUUAUUAUAUAGGAACUAAGGGAAAUAUAUUCUAACAGAUGUAAAUUAUUUUUAGUGCUUUGAAUAUAUUUCAAAUUAGAUUUAUAACUUAGUAUUUGGUUCAAGUUUUAUUUUGGCUAAAAUAAGAUAUUGUAAAUGUUUUAUUAAAUUUCUAUAAAAUAUUCUGUAAAAUUUAUUAAUAUAUUUGUAGUUCGUUCAAGUUUUGUUUGGGUUCAAAUAAGGUGUUUAAAGUGUUCCAUUACAUUACUAUUAAUUGUCUGCUUUUCAAAUGCAUUUUGAAAUAUUCCAACACUAAAAGUUAUAUUGCAUUAUUGUUUCAUUCUUUCUAAAUGAACAUGAAUUUUCAAUCUGUCAUUUUGGAAUAUUGUUUCGGCAGUACAAAUAGAUGGGAAAAUGUUCAGUGUUAGACAGUGCAAAUGAUUGUGCAUAGUGUUAUGUUUCAACUAUAAUCCAUCUAUUUUUAAAUAUUGCUUUGCAUUUUAAAUUAAAGUUCCAUACCUGUACACAUGAAAUAAUUGUCUCAUUAAAAUGCACUUUUUGUGACAUUUUUAUGAAUGUAUGUAAUUAACUGCUUUUAAGUGUUUUUAUUCUUUGUAAAUGUUUUAAGAAAGUUACUUUACAAUAAAUUUGAAAAUGUUAUUUGUGCAUUAUUUUUGUAGUGUCUGAAUAUAAAAAUUGACUUCUGUUUGUAUAAUUUUAAAAUUAAAGAAUAAUUCCUUAUGGCGCAACUACAGUUGUAAAUGGUUGUGCAAAUGACAAAGUUUAUAUUUUAAUAAGAUUGUGAAAUAUGUAAAUAAUUACCAAAUGAAAAUAUGAAAACUUAAAAUAUAGCAAAUAUCACUUUUUUGCAGUAAACGCUGCAAUCUAAAUUUAGAGUAUGUUUAUUACAAAUCAAGUGUAAUGAGAUAAUGUAUAGAUAUACAAUUAGAAUCAGAUCUUUGUUUCAUAUUUUUUCGCAUCCUAAGCUGUUUCACAUAUUCCUCCCCCUUCAAAAUUUAAUGCUUCAUUGAAUCAUAACAUCAUUUCAUUUUAAUGCAUACAUUUGUUCUCUCAUUCUGCAUGUGUACACACACAUACAUACAUACACAUGAAUGCUGUGUGAGACUAGUUUUCAUCAGCGUAAUGCAUGAUGACUUAGCAUGUUCACUGGUAUGUAUAAAUAUUGUAUAGCAUUUUGCAUUCACAUAUAUCAUUCUGAACUGCUGAAAAUAACAAUAAAAGCAGGUGACAUGUUUAAGCUGUAUUCAUUUAUUGUAUGAAUUAAGCAAUACUGCUGUUAGCACAACUUAUGGAGAAAAAGAACACAAUCUCUACUAUAUCUGUUGUAGAAAAGGAAGCAUUGACAACAAAUAGGGUGUUUUGAUGAUGAUUGUCCAGCACUGAGUCAUAAAUAAUAUAGAGUUUAAAUUUGGACUGUUAUCGCAAGGUGCGAGGGUGAGCCUUUUUUGUUAUCACUUUGUAUAAAUAUUUGCUUUGUUUUGAGUUUUUUUUUUUAUUUAUUUUUUUUUUAAACCUAUGGAAUAGUAAAUGGGCAUAAAUUUGCAUCAUGGCUGGAUUUCUAAUUUAUGGGCUUGUAUGCAGCAAAUCAGCUGCUGUCUUUUUCCUUCCACAGAUGUAGAAAGGUCAAAUAGACAGCUAAUAAAAUGCAUGUCGACACAAAUUCAGUCAAAUUCACAUUUCAUUGGUUAAGAAUAAUUGUUUCUAAAUGAAAACUAAAAUUACAUGACUGUAUGUUAUUCUAUUUUGUUUGUUAAAUGCAUAUUACAAAGCUAGAAAGAAAACAGGAAUCUUCAUAACAUUUACACAUUCAUAUCAGCAGUUGAGCGGUAAGAGUCGCUAAACACUGGUAGGUUUGGUCUGGGGAUCAGAUCUCAGUGAAUGGGCUAGCUGCAUAUCGUUUUUGUUGUACUCCCCUUAUGUAACAUGUAUACGAUUUCUUUUGGAAAGUUUUCCAUGAAGGCAUAUUCCUUAGACAGAUAGCCCUGAAGGACUUUACCACUAUCAAAUAAACCAACCAUACUAAUAUUCUUUGCCAUAAUUAAUGAAAAUGCUUUUAUGACUGGCUUUUAGUGGAGCAAAUUGUCUUAAUUUAGUUGUCAAAUUGUAAUAAUUUUUUUUAUUUUCAAAAUUCAGUUUCAUUGAGUCCUUUUCAGUUUCUUAAGCAGCAAGGUAUAUUAGAUGCUUUUGUGUCAUAUUUGCCUUUAAAUAGUUUUUUUGCCCUUGAUAAAAUCGAAAGCAAUCCCUUUGCUGGGCAUUUCAUAGCAGGGGUACAUAAAUAAAUUUUUAAUGCACUUAUUUUAAGGAAUAAAUCUCGUAUAUUUUGUUAUACUAAAAUUUUCUCAAGUUCACAUAAUGACAAGAUUCGCAUUGCAUAUUUUUUUCCUAACGAAUAGGUUGUAAAGUAAUGAAUGUAUUCAGCUGCAUUUGCCUAAGUUAAAAGGGGGGGAUAUGGCCAUAAAAUCUCAUUCACCUAAUGAAUACCUAAAAUAUAUUAAAUUUGAAUUUAUUCAUUACUGUGCUUUCAAUAUAUGAGAGACUUAUACAUAGCAAAAUGUGUUUGGACAGUUUCUGCAUGUGGAAGGUUUGAUAGUGGUUAACCAUCAGGCUUUAUGAAAUGAGGUAAAAUUAUUUAGUAUGUGCUAUCUAUAGCUCCUGAAAAGUGCAAAACUAAAAAUUAUUUUCUUUUUAAAAGUUGCAUUAUUAAAAUAAUAGUAAUAAUUAAAUCUGAAACAAAACAACGGCCUUAUAAUUAUUAGCAAAGUAUAAUUAUGUAUAGCUAAAUACAAGCUUAGUCGCAUUGACCUAAUUUUGCAAUUUAAACAAAAUUGACACAUCAUAAGGAUAGCAGAUAUUUCACAUAGUUUAUAUGCCGAAAUAAUUCUCGUCUAAAGAAUGUGAUGUUAAUUUAGUGUUUGAAGUAGCUACAAAUCUAUAAAAUUUAUAUAUUUUCUUCUCUAGUGAUUUUUGAUUGUUUGCUAAUGUUAUCAAUAACUGAACUGUUUUUCAGAUUUCUAAGUUAAACACACUAAUAUUCAUAGAAUGGUACCAGUAAGUUUUGGUGCAAUAAUUUCUCAGAUAAAUUUUAUAUGCCAACUUGUAAAUAUAUUUUGCAUUCAUGACAUGCAUGUAUUUCUAAUUACUUAGAACUUUUCCUCGUUCCAGGUUGCAAAGUAUACCUGUAAAUGUUUCUUUCUAUUGUUCUGACUAUGUACGUAGGAAAACAAAUUACAGUUUCUUUGACUGCAUUGCAUCAUGUUACCAGAUAGUAACACUUUUUCUUUUAUUAUUUUUGUUUCCGUUUAAUUCAGUAUGAUAUGUUUUAUAUUAAUUUAAAUUUUUUUAUUAAAAAAAUUGUAUAACAGCACCUAAAGUUUAGCAUUUAACUUCAAAUUAGAAGUUUCAGAAAAUGAUGUAAUCUGAAAACUCUUACUGGGAUGAAUGUUAAAUUUUAUAUUGCUCAAACAAGAGAAAUGUUAAGAGGUAGAAUAAACUGCUCAUUUUAAUUUAAUAA